ACAGACAGAUGAUAUUUGACAUGUUGAUGAGGCUCGAGUCUGUGGUAUACCUGCCUGGGGACUUUGUCUGUAAAAAGGGUGAGAUCGGCAGGGAGAUGUAUAUCAUCAAGCAGGGGGCGGUUCAGGUGGUGGGACGACCUGAUUUGAAAACUGUGUUUGUAACAAUCAGGGCCGGCUCUGUGUUUGGAGAAAUCAGGAAAAUGCUGACUAAGAAUAAGAAGCCAGAGGAAAAGGCAGAGGUGAAGGAGACUGCCGAGGUGAUCCCAGACAGGCCAGAGACCCCCAAGCUGUUGAAAGCAGCCCUGGUGGUUACAGAGCAGGCAGGCAUUAAGGGCACCUUUGCCAAGCUGAAAGAGGGCUACAAACCUACUGAGACUGAGUCCUCUGGACUCCACAUACCUCCUCCCUCCCCGAUGGUGCACCGUCGCUCCCCCAUCCCCCCUACACAUCCUCGCGUCGAGGAUGACGAAGAUGCGGCUUCCCGAGACGAACGACAGCAUGAUGCUCAUCCUCAUGACAUGCCGUCACAAAAGCGAGGAGCUCCUGUCCGUUGAGCAGAAAACUGGAGAUGAAGAGGAGGAGAUUGAGAAGAAGUAGGAGACUGAAAAGGAAAUAGACAGAAAGAGAAGGGGAAGAAAUGUUGUGGUCCUCCACUACUUUUCUAUGCUCUUCUUGGUAUAUAUUGACAUUGAGAUUUCAGACCGAAAUGGUUAAAAAAAAACAUUCUCUCUCUAUUGCCGCGUUCACUUCAUGUUAGAAACUGGACCUCCGAAACAAAAUUAACUUAAGUUAUUUGCAUAGAGCUUCCUAUUGGUUGAUUUUCCAAGUGGGAAACUCGGGUUCCAUCUUUUUUAUAAUGAGUAAGCAAGUCGGAAAUUUUGGAGUUUCCGACAAGACGUGAACAUGACAUAUGUCCCCCUCGGAAAAGUUCCCUUUACAGAGUUAACCUUUAAUAUUCUGGGAUAUUCUGUGUACCCCUUCUGUCCCUCACUCCCUCAUGGUCUCACUGAUGUCGUGUGUGUUAAAUACGUUUUAGUGCCUUAAAGUGGCAAUUAGCAAUUGAAACAAUAAGAAAGUGUACUUCCGCCCCCGUUUCGGUAAAAAGCUGAGGCAUGGGGCUGAAGAAAUGUAACCACUGUCAAAAAAUGACCAUCCAUGAUAUCAAAAUGUAGUGCUAUGCUUCUUUUGAGGCCAUAUAGCGUUUGUUUACGUUUACUUUGCUGAUAAACAUUGAAGUAAAACAAGCUUAUAUUUGGGGUUGUGAAAUGGUACGACAGUUGAACUAAACUCAUGAGACAUUUUUAAGUUAUAUUCUUCAAGAAUCAAUGGGUACAUAU